AUGGCUCAACCUACCAUUCUGGACCGACUUUUGAAGCUCGACACUAACACUGUGUCGGACGCUUUGGAUUUCCUCCAGCUUAAAGGAGCCACUUACGGCUUACAACCACUCUGGGACUGCCAAAAGAUUGUCGGGCGGGCCAGCACAGUCAAACUGGGCAUCAAGAAGGAUGAUGUCCCUACAGCACAUCUUAUUACCCCGGUCGUCGAUGCGAUAACGACGAGUGACCGUAUUCUCGUCAUCUCCGGUGGCACAGAAGGUAUUUCGUGCUGGGGCGACAUCCUCGCCAAUGCCUCAAAAAUGAAGGGAAUCCGCGGAACCAUCAUCGACGGCAUGAGUCGUGAUAUCGAUGGCAGUCGCGAUAUCGGAUACCCUGUUUACGGUCGUGGAGUGACGAUGAUUAGCGCACGGAAUCGGAUAGUGCAGCUAGACUCCGGCUCGCCUCUACAGGUGCAAGACGUCACGAUCAAUCAGGACGAUUAUGUGAUCGCCGAUAGGUGCGGGACAGUAUUUAUCCCAGCCGCGCACAUCGAAGAGGUUGUCGAACUGGGAGAAAGGAUUGACCGGCGUCAAACGUUGAUGGUCGAGGAUGUCCGAGAUGGCAAAGCGGUGUCGGAAGUCAUGCACGAUAAGAAGUUCGAAGCUAUCCAAUCGGCUAGAUCGGUAGCUCUUACACCCGGGCCUUCCCAUCGCAAUCAUCAGAAGCAAAGCUCUGAAGAUCAGGAGUUGUCCGCCCUAUUCGCCAACUCGGAUACCCCUGGGGUCUCUGAUGCACUUGACAAACUUGGCAUCCCUGGACAGGCAUUCAACAUUAUGCCUUUGACUGAUUCCAAGAAGGUUACUGUAGGACCGGCCUUCACAGUACGUUACGUUCCCGCAAGCGAGCCACCAGGGAGUGUUGGGGACUUCAUUGACGACGUCGCGAUCGGCGAUGUUGUGGUCAUCGACAAUGGUGGCCGCACUGAUUGUACUGUCUGGGGUGAUAUUAUGACCCAGUACGCCGGACUACGGGGCAUCGCUGGAACUGUUAUCGACGGUGUGUGUCGCGAUGUGAACCGUGCGAUAGAGGAUAAGUACCCGAUGUUCAGCUCUGGACGUUGGAUGCGAACCGGUAAAGAUCGUGUUCAGGUUGGGGGUGUUAAUGAACCAAUUGGUAUUGGUAACGUACGUGUCCAGCCUCGUGACAUCGUUGUCGCAGAUGCGAACGGGGUUGUCAUCGUUCCUCGAGAUCGAGCUCAGGAGGUAGCUGAAGUCGUCCGAAAGAUCGAAGAGAGUGAAGAAUACAUCCGAGCGUUCAUCAAUGGUGGAGCUUCGCUCACUGAGGCGAGAGUGAAGGUCGGGUAUCACACGCUGCAACGCAAGGAAUAA